AUGGCGGAUUCAGGGAGCAAAGCCAUACGGGAGAGUCAAUUGGAAAGAAAACAGGUUUUUAACCCAUAAGAUGUCGUAAACGCGGUUUCUUCUUUCGUGUUUCACACAAAUAUCGAUUUGUUGCCGUACUCUGUAGCAUUAACUCCCUUUUGAAGCUCACAUGGGUGUUUCUCUUCAAGGUUGAACUGGCCAUUCCAGCCCUUAUGAAACAUACGGACCAGAAAAAAGGCAAACAACUGCAUCUCUUGAGUGACCACGACACCAUUCUCUUGAUUUUAUCUCUAAAGAAAAUUCCAAAUCCUGACAAGAAGCCGAGGAAAAUGUAAGUGUUUAAAAGCGAAGUGACGACAACGAAAAUGCGUUUAACCGGCAGCGCAAGGCUACAACAAAUAAUUUAAGCUUAAACAACUUAUUUUCAAGUUUUGUUACUUUGUAUCGUUUUCAUUUUAUUCCCCUGCUGUACAUGUAUAUUCAUGGCUGCAUAUGGUAAUACUUUCAUAUAUGUAGCUCUAAAACUUCUCUGUAAAAUGGCCAUGCAUUUUUUUUACAGUCUCGAGAACAAGGCAUAGAUGUGAAAUACUUUUAGUUUACAGAAUAGCUACGAGAAAAUUAGCUGUUUCCAUUCUUUAAUCCUGCAGCCAAUAUUUUUAUACUAAGUGUUUUCUCUUACAGCAUAUACAGUCAACUCCCUCUAAGAUGGACACCUUUGGGACCGGCAGUAAGUGUCUGUCUUAGAGAGAUUUCCGUCUUAUAGAGAGUCAAAUAAACGGAGUAAAGAAAGAAAAGGACCAACUCUAGGUGUCUGUUUUAGGGAGGUAUCCGUCUUAUAGAGGUGUCCGUUAAGAGAGAGUUGACUGUAUUGCCAUUAAAAAGGUUAGAGAGUUGCAGGGUGGCCUUCAAUAAGCCAUUUCCAAGUUCCAAAAUCUCUUUCUUUCAAACCAAUGCCAAGUGCAAAACCUUUCUUGUGAAAAUGACUUUUUAUUUGCUUGGGAAUAAAAAUUCAUUUUCAUAUCAACAGACCUUUGCACUUAGCUUGUCCUUGGCACAGAGGCUUGAGGCGAUCCAGAAAUUGCCUUAUUGCUUUUGUUUCUGAGAUGUAAGUCUUUUGAUACAAGUAUUUUUUUUCCUUUACCUCAGCCUGUUACCACACUCACUGUACUCAGAUGAUGUGGAAGUUUGUUUAUUUACAAAAGAAGAAAGUUCAAAGGCAAAGGAAAUGUUAAAAGCCAAGGGAGUGAAUGUUAAAAAGGUGAUUCUUAUUAUAAAUAUUUUCACCAAUUUUUAGAUUAGUUGAAGAAUGGAAAAAUUAUAGCUUCUUACUGUUACAUUUUUUUUUCAGCAGAAUAUUGAGGUGGCAUUUCAAUUAAAGGCAUUCUCACUGAUUAAAACAAAGAUUUUUUCUGAUUUGUGAAAGCAUAAUAAUUAUUAUUUAAAUUCUACCUCUCAACUUUAUAUUGGAUUAUUAGUAACUCUGUAUCUCUGUUGCCAGUGAUAUUUAAAACUAUUAGUGUGGACAUAGAACAAAUAAAAUAAAAUAUGCAGCCAUAGGUUUUACUUCACUCAUAUGCUGUUUCCUUUAAACUUGCAAGUUAGAUAUACAUUUACAUUGUGCAAUUUUUAGAAUAGUUUCUUUUAGUCAAAACUUAAUGGUUGUGUUGUUCUCAUACAUUUCUUCCGCCGAUAAGUUAGUCCUUAUCAUUGGAUAACUUGUUAUUUCCUAUUUCACAUGUAGGUAGUGUCUCUGACCAAGCUACGAAAGAAUUAUCAUUCAUUUGAAGCGAAACGACAGCUUUGUUCAUUGUAUGACGUUUUUAUCUGUGAUGAAGCAAUCUACCAUUUUUUGCCACGACUGCUUGGAAAAACUUUCUACUCCAGAAAAAAGUAAGUAACUUAAACUAAUUAAAUGUUUAUUUACAUGUAAUUUUGCGAUUAAAAAAAUAUCUAAUAUACCAAUGCAUUAGAUGCACAGUGCUAGUAUGUGCAUUGUUAGGAGGAGGUCUUUUUUAUGAUUUUAGGGUUUUUUUUCUCUUUUUCACCACAAGUAAAAUUCCAGUGUGUCAUAAACUAAAAAGGAACAUACUGGUGUUGUUCACUGCUUUUUAGUUUUUGAGUCUUCAAACUGAUAUUAUUAUUCAUUCAAAAUAUUUCUCCAUUUUUGAUUGGCUGAUUUCUGAUUGGCAAUAUAAGAAAAAUGAUGUCAAUUUUGUGACAUAAUUGCCAGAAAACUGAACAGUUAACCUAGAAGACCUUAGGAUGAGGUUAAUAAAAUUAUGAAAUGGGAUCACUUUGCCCUCUGUGCAAGCAAAAAUUGGACUUUGUGUUACUGGUUUGAACACGGUUUUUACCAUUGCUAUGAUGAUGAGAAUGAUGAUGACAAUGAUGGUGGUGGAAUUAUUAUUUUUAUUUCAUAAUAGUGAUAAUUAUUAUUAUUGUCGUUGUUGUUGUUGUUUGUUUGUUUGUUUUUUUCCUGCUUUUCAGCCUAGCGAAACUGAAAUAUUUAGCGAUCUUAAAUGAAAAAAGAGAUUGUAUACGUUAGUAGUAUUGGACUUGUAGUAUUUCCCAUUUCAUUAUCGACACUUCCAUGUAAAAGGUGAUCAAGAACUGCAAAAAGCCACCAAGAAUAUAAAUUUGAAUGGCAGCAAAUGGUAAUGUUAACAACAACCACAAUAACAGAACUAAUGCUUUAAAUUGUAUGUCUGCAGGUUUCCUGUCCCAGUAGAUCUAAAGAAAACCAAUCUAAAGAAGGAAUUAGACAAAGUUCUUCAUUGUUCUCUUUUGAGCUUGGGUCAUGGGCCAUGCAGGUACAAGUUCUUAUAACAUAUUAAUCUGUAGUCUGCCUGGCAGGCUUUAAAAGGAGAAGGGGCAAUUUGGGAAUGAAAGCAUGAGGGGAGCGGGAUGAAAGGAAAUUAAUCUCCUCCUCACUUGUCCAUUGCACUCUCAUGUGCCCAAGUACCCCCUUUCCCUUCCCCUUUCUCACCUUUUAAUGCCUGCCACACAAGCUAAUUGAUGUGCUGACGUUUGACCACAGUUACAAAGAACAAUGAAUAUGAAGCCGAGCAGACUUCUUUGCUAUGUGCUUUAAGCUUUUCAGACUUCACCAUCCAAAAUGUUCAGUGACCUCUUUGGCAGAACUUUUAUUUUUUUAGGAAUUUACAUUGGCUGCUUGGUAUGUGCAAAAAAAGAGGCGGGGAGGGCGGUAGAGGAGAACUCCCUUUUUCUUUUUGUCCAGAUUACCCACCCCUUUUGGCACCUGCCAGGCAGGCUUGGUUUUACAAAAAGGAACAAAUGAUGGAAAUGUUAUGGUUGAGUGGACAACAGAUAUGUCCUGUUUACUAUAUCAGCAUGUUAACAGUAAGUUCCAAGGUAGCAAAGAAGGACACCGGUCUAGCUGGUCGUUCCGGUUAUGGGGAGAGAUGACGACCCAGAAAUAUGCCUGCAUUUGCAGGCUACUAUAAUUUCAUUUAUGAGCUUACUGUAACCCACCCAACCCAUGAUAUGAAAUGAUGUGUGCAAGAUACACACCACCAGGGAAACUUCCCCUGCUCUUUUCAACCAGUAGUGUGGGUUCUUUUGCACCCCCUUCCCUUCCAUUUGACCAAUGAAAGGAGGGUGAAGGGGACAAGCGUAAUGGCUUAACACCCAAAGACUUUUUAUUCUGAACUGAGACUCUUACCAUUUACACAAACCACCCGGGUGGAAGUCUUGUGUGUAAACAUAAUACUAUAAAAUUUGAAGUGAUGGGAGAACGACUCGCUGCAAAGUCUAUCCAAAUUAGCUGAACAGACUAAAAAGAGUAGAAAAAAUGGCAUCGCCUCGUAUUUUUUUUUUUAUUUUUAUCAGCCCAUUUUUUUUAAGCUUUCCAACGGAAUGGGGCGAACCAUUUGAUUUUCCAACCGGAAUUUCCGGUUUUCCCAUUUAAACGAAAAAUACGCCAAUUCUCGAAUCCCAGCCAGCAUGAUCUUACUUAAUUUUUUAAACACCUUGGUGUUGGUUCUUGUUGGGUUUGAACCUACGACCUGCCGCUUGGCAGACCGACGCACACUAAUAAAAUCCGUCACUGGUCAUUUUGAUAGAUUUCACGCGCAAACUAUACUUGAAAAGAAAGAAAUUUUUGUGUCAUUUCACUGCUUGAAUUCGUAUCAAAACGACUUGUUUAGAAACGACUUUUUAACAAAACGACCGGUUUCCAUUAAAAUCACUAUCUCUGCUUUAAUUUUCUAUCUUCUUUUUUACCAAUACAGCGCACUUAAGGUGGCGCACACCGGCCAGUCAGUGGAGGAAGCUGUGGAAAAUGUUGUUGUUGCUGUGUCUGAAAUCGCUAGGAUAGUUCCGAGAGGUUGGAACAACAUUCAGUCUUUGAACCUGAAGACAACAGACUCUAUAUCUCUUCCCAUUUAUACCUCGCUACCAGAAAAAUCCCUUGCUCUUGAAACAUCAGAACCACCGAAGAAAAAGAAGAAAAAAGCGUGAUCAUCAAUCUUUUCAAGCUCCUUUUAUAUUUUGUACUUGUAAGAGGAUCAGGGAUGAAUUGUUUGGUUAUUUUGCCUUCGAGGUUGACCGGCAUUGGAACCAUCAAAUAGUUUGCCAAUAAAUGGCUGGAACCGUUUGCAGAGUGCAACCUUUUGCAUCAAAAUAAUUAAAUUAAGGAAUGAUCAACCAAUUGUUGUACCUAUUCAGUUGAAGAAGUUGCGAAUUGAAGCCUUGAACAAAAUAGACCUUUAAGAAGUUUGACGGAAUUCGAACAUUGACAUGCGGAUAUGAAGUAUCGUUCUGUACGGUUUAUAUGUGAUGUAUUUCUUAUAAUAAACAUCAUUUAGGACCACUCCUUGUCCAGGAGUACAUUAGCCCUUGAUCUGCUGCUGACGUCAGCUCUGCUGGUAAGAUAAACACAACGGUCACAUGCACCCACGGUUCAUU